AAAUUUCUUGGUGGGUCCACUACUUGCUUCAACAAGAGUAACAGUUAGUGCAAUUAUUUGGACACUACACCUUAAUCGCACAUUACAAAACUCAUUGUAUAUCCCAUUUUUUAGCAGAGAACCAGAGACAGAGGCCCAAUUCAUUUUGAUGGGUAUUUAUUUGAACAGAUAUAGAUUAGUCAUUUUGGGGAUUAUGUUUCGAGUUUUUAUGGUCUUGCUCUUGUUCAGGAUAGGCUUCUCAGAUGAUAUACCAGCGUCUUUUGUCUUCGGAGAUUCCUUGCUCGAUGUGGGGAACAACAACUACAUCGUUUCACUAGCCAAAGCAAACCAUGACCCUUUUGGAAUUGACUUUGGAAUGCCCACUGGUCGUUUCAGCAAUGGAAGAACAGUUAUAGAUAUUAUAAAUCAGCAACUGGGUCUUGGCUUUUCACCUCCUUACUUGGCUCCCACUACUACUGGAUCAGCUGUUCUCAAGGGUGUCAAUUAUGCUUCUGGUGCAGGUGGAAUUCUCAAUAAUUCUGGUGAAAUAUUUGGUGGGCGAAUCAACUUUGAUGCACAGAUUGACAACUUUGCAAAUACAAGGGAAGAAAUUAUCUCCUUAAUUGGUGUUCCUGCGGCUCACAAUUUGUUUAACAAGUCCCUCUUUGUAGUUGAACUAGGCUCAAAUGAUUUCCUAGAUAACUAUUUGACACCUAUAUUCUCAAUUCCAGAAAGGGUGUUGGUAUCUCCAGAAUCAUUUGUGGCCACCUUAGUAUCAAGACUCAAGCUACAGCUCACAAGGCUAUUCAGUCUAGGGGCCAGAAAAAUUGUUGUGGCAAAUGUAGGACCUAUUGGGUGCAUACCAUAUUUGAGGGAUUUUAACCCAUAUGCUGGAGAUGAAUGUGUCACUUUCCCUAAUGAGCUAGCUCAGUUAUUUAACACCAAAUUGAAGAGCCUUGUUGCAGAGCUGAGGACAAAAUUGGAAGGGUCAUUAUUUGUUUAUGCAGAUGUUUACCAUACUAUGGAAGAUAUGAUACUGAAUUAUAAUGAAUAUGGUUUCGAGAAUCCGAAUAGUGCAUGCUGUCACCUGGCUGGUAGAUUUGGAGGCUUGAUUCCAUGCAAUUAUAAUUCAAAAGUUUGUGAGGAUCGGUCUAAGUAUGUUUUCUGGGAUACUUACCAUCCUAGUGAUGCUGCCAAUGUUGUCAUUGCUCAACGUCUCUUAAAUGGUGAUACUCGUGACAUCUCACCUAUGAACAUUUGUCAACUUUCCAAAGCUUAAUCCAAUGGAUGAAUUGGAAAUUUUGUGGGAAACUAGAAAAGGAAAUCUACUUUGUAAAAUGCACAGGAAAUUGUACCCAUUCUCAAUGAAGUAAAAAAUAAAUUA